AUGGCCGGUGAUUCAUUAGAAACAAUGACAAGUGGCACUCCCUUCAUGCCAGCAACAAGCAGAGAAACUCUUUACCUAGUCGGAUAUUCAUCAAAACUGAAGAUAUAUAACGUAGUGUGCGUCCUUUCAAGAUACCUAUCCAUCGAAGGCGAAUGGGUGAAGAGGAGUUUGAAUUACAUGUUUCGCGUUGGUACACCAUGGCGAGGACAGUCGGAAACGAUCCGCGUAAAAUGGGAACCAUACGCAGUAUUCCUUCAUGUGAAGCCCUCAGACUACACGAAACAUGAUUUGCAUGCAAAGACGAAGUACGUCGUACGGACUUUCGGCAAGGAGUACCUACUUCUUUCCGAGAUCACAGAGGGACAAUCACCAUGCGCACUUUGGGUGACAAAAGGGUAUCAGUAUGAUAUCCCAGAGACGAUCAACAAAACAUUUCACAGGAUCUGCCCCGAUCCUCUUUACGUUCCGUAUGAAGAGGAGUGCAUUUGGAACGGAAAAUAA